AUGGCUGAGGCGAAUGUCAACAACGGCGCCGCGCCGCUUUCACGGGACACCGACUACGAGGGGGUCAAGGCCUGGAUGGCGGGCGUGCUGACGCCGCACGAGGUCGAGAAGGUCAUCCAGAAGCUGGCAGACAAUGACGAGGACCUCACGGGGGCGGUCCUGCUGGGCAUUCCAGAUGAUUUCGAGGUGUUCGUGACCACCCUAAAGAACGAGCUGGACAUCAAGAACUUCUCGAUCCGCCAGAAGCUGUUUGAUGCCGUGGCCGCAGCGCGGAGGGGCCCUGCGGGUGCCGACCCCGCGGACGAGGCGGCGGCUGACGGGGACGGCGGCGAAGCUGCGCGCGGCAGCAAUGCCAGGGCGCCGCUUGCAAACAUCGACUUAAACGCGCCCCAGACUCAGCGCCGACAGCGCUUGGUCAAGGAUGAGCAGGCUGGUCAGGAGGAGGAUCAGGAGGAGGACGAGGAUGGCAUGGCGGUGGAUGAGGACGAGGCUGAGGAGCAGCUCCCGGCCGCCCGCAAACGCGCCGCGGCGCGCGGCGGCGGAGGGGCGGCGCGCGGUACGGCGCAGGCUCGAUUCGGAUGA